AUGUUUUUAUCUAUAUUUAAUUUGACUACCUAUUAUUUAUUAAUUGUUUUUAUUCAAACAAUCAUUAGUGAUCCUAUUUGUAUUUAUGAUGUUGAAGAUGGAUUAAAAUUGGAUAUUCGAACAUUAGGUUUUACAAAUGGCAAAGUACCUAAAUAUGAUCAAAUAUCUAAUAUAAAUCCAACAAAAAAAACUCUAAGUUGGAAUGGAUGUUUUUCAUAUUCUAAAGUUGAUAAUGGAAAUUGUACAAAUGCUGCAGCAUGUUAUACUGAUUCAAUAUCAAAUAUGUCGAUAAUUAUUGCUAAACAAGAUUCAGUUCAAUUUAAAUAUAAUUAUGGUUCAUCCAUACUUUCAUAUCAAUAUUCAAAUAUACAUUUAACAGUAUUUUUAAUAUGUCGUGUUGAUGGUGAAGAUACAUCCUUUGGUUAUCAAGUUGAUACAUCGACAUAUACUAUAUAUAUACAAUCUCGAUGUUGUUGUCCAGGGAUGUGUUCUUAUUCUACUCAUUCAAUAAGUCCUGUGGUUAUUCUUAUUAUUAUAAUUAUUAUUUUUCUUUUCGGAUAUAUUAUUGGUAGUAUAAUUUUUUUAAGAUAUGAUCGUAAUUUAACAAACUCAAAUGGUCUUUCGUGUUUAAAUCUUCAAUCAUAUAGACGAAAUCGAACAUUUGAUUAUCAAAACUUAUAA